AUGUUCUCUGGGUCCAACUCGUACUUAGGGGGUGGGAACAGUGCCCGACCGGGGCAGCCUCAGUAUGGGCAGCAGCAGCAACAGCAGCCCUUCCAGCAGCCCGGCGGCUUCCAGGGCGGACUGGCACCUCAGCCGACGGGCUUCGGAGGAGGGCCAAUGCAACCAAUGCAACAGCAGUUUACUGGCUUCCCGGGCCAGCCGCAGGGCUUCGGACAGCAGCCGCAACCGCAGCAACCGCAGUACACGGGCUUCCCAGGGCAGCAGGGCCAGCAAUUCCAGCAGCAGCAGGCUCCCCAGCAGAUACCCUUCCAGACUGGCGCGCCGCCGCAGCAGCAGCAGCAGCAACCGCCUGCCCAACCGCAGCGGCCGCAGCCCACGGGUAUGACAUCGGCGCAGAUGGCUGAUUCAUUCCGCGGCAACUCUGCGUCUUCCGUGCCACCGCCCGUCCCGGCCAAGAGCAGCAAAAUCCCGAGCAUAAGGCUUUCCUUCAUCACGGCGCAAGACCAGGCCAAGUUCGAGCAGCUGUUCAAGUCGGCCGUGGGAGACUCCCAGGCCCUGUCUGGCGACCAGGCGCGGGAUCUCCUGAUGCGCUCCAAGCUAUCUGGGGACGCGCUUUCGCACAUCUGGACCCUUGCGGACACGACCAAGUCUGGCCAGCUCCUCUUCCCCGAAUUCGCCCUCGCCAUGUACUUGUGCAAUCUCAAGCUGACCGGAAAGGAUCUGCCCAACUCCCUUCCCGAGCGAGUCAAGAAUGAGGUCUCUAGCAUGGUGGACAUUAUUUCAUUUGGAGUCGUGGACGAAUCGUCGAACCGCCAAACGCCGGCCACCAACGCCCCCAAGUUCAACGAGCCUCCUACAAUUCAGCAGCCGCAGCCACAACCUUCAAACAGCCAGUUGCUGGGCUCUUUAGCCCCACAGCCGACUGGAUUCGGACAGCAACCAACAGGCAUGCAACCACAGCCUACCGGUUUCGGUCAGCAGCCUACGGGUAUGCAGCCACAGCCCACUGGCUUCGGGCAGGCUCCAGGCGGUUACAACGGACCACGUCCGCCGAUGCCUCCUAUGCCCACUGGAUUCGGCUCAAAUCUCGCACCCAACCAGACCGGCAUGGCUCCUCUCAAUGCUCAGCCGACGGGCAUGCCUGGUCAAUGGGGCCUAGCAAACACCCCCGCCACCGGGCUACCAAACAUCGAGGCUUUGGCGCAACGAAUGAUGCCCCAGACGGGCCGAGAGGGCGGCAACCAUACGACUGCUGGUUUGACCGGCAACGCGACCAUUCCGUGGGCUAUUACAAAGGGAGAGAAGAAGCUGUACGAUGACACCUUCAAGGCCUGGGACGGCAUGACCAAGGGUUACAUUAGCGGAGCUCAAGCUCUUGAAAUCUUUGGACAGAGUGGAUUGCCCAAGCCAGAUUUGGAGCGCAUAUGGACACUUGCCGAUUCUGCUGAUAGGGGUCGUCUUGAUUUGGACCAAUUCGCCGUUGCUAUGCAUUUGAUCUACCGUAAGCUCAACGGCUACCCCAUUCCAGCCCGUCUCCCCCCGGAGUUGGUCCCCCCUUCCACGCGCAACAUCAACGACUCUAUUGGUGCAAUGAAGAACUUGCUGCGUGGAGAUGCCGAGGACAGGAAGAACUCUGGUGCCUUCCUCCAGCCCCAGCGCACUGGCGUCAGCUACCUGAAGUCCCACUCGUUCCGUGCUGGUAGCCCACAAGCUGGUGGCCGAAAGGAUGCUACGGUAUUCCGUAACAAUGACGAUAACGUAGGCUACAAGUCGAGCGCUAGACAUCGCCUUGGAGGUGGUGGUCGCUCACCUUCACCAGCGCAGCCGGCUUCACCAUCCUCUGAGCGGUCUGAUGAAAUGUCCCUUGACCAGCUCAGGAAGUCUGUCAAAGAGAAGCAGAUCUUGUUGGAUGCCAUGGACACACAAGACGAGAACGCCGCUGACGAAGACGAUGCGCUCGAUCGUCGAGAUCGCCGAGAGGCUGAAGAUCUCUAUCGCCGCAUUCGCAGGGUGCAAGAAGACAUUGAUGCUCACCCUAAGGCUUCGUUGAGAUCAACUGACUCGGAUGCGGAGCGUCGUGCCCUGAAGCGCCAACUCCAGACCUUGACUGAUCGCCUGCCUGAACUCGCGUCCAACGUGCGCCGGACUGAGCGUGAAAUCGCAGACGCCCAGCUCGAACUCUUUAGACUCAGAGACGCCAAAGCGCAUCCCGGAUCUGCAUCCACCAUCGUGGGCACUGGACCUGGCGGUGCAGUAACUGAAUCGGAUCGCUUGAAAGCCCGCGCCAAGGCUAUGAUGCAAGCACGCUCUGCUGCCUUGACAGGAAGGCCUGCCCCUGCCAGUGACGACACGGGCGCAGCAACUGAGCGCUUGGAGAAGGAGACUUCGCGCAUCCGAGCAGAAAGAGAAAACAAUGAGCGCAUGAUCCGCGACGUCGAAGACAGCGUGAAUGAAUACACAAGGGGUCUGGAGUCGAGCCUGAAAGAAGGAGGACACGACAACACAAGCGAACACGAACGUCGUAGAUGGGAGGAGGCUCUGGGCGUUGAAGAUGACGUUAAGGACUUCAUCUUUGAUCUACAGCGCAGCAGUCGCGCUUCGCGUAUCCGCAAAGACGAUUCAUCUCGCGACAACUACAGGUCUAGAUCAGCUGCUCGUGUAGAGGACAACCGACCAUCGUCAUCACGCUAUGAGAGUCCGGCUGGUCGUGUCGAGCCCCCUCCUCGCGCAUCAACAACUACGCCUGCUGGCGGCUCGUACUCUGCAUACAAGACUCCAGAGGAACGUGUGGCCUUCAUCAAACAGCAGGCUGAGCAGCGAAUGGCUGAGCGUCUCGCUGCUCUGGGCAUUAAAGCUCCAGUAAAGGCUGGUGAGACACCCCAACAACGUGCCGAUCGGGAGAAGAAGGAGCGUGAAGAGAAGCUACGCCAGGCUGAAGAAGAGGAUGCGCGUCGCGAGGAAGAGCGUCAAAGACGUCUUAACGACGAAUCCGCUGCACCACCCGCUCCAUCCAAGAGCAGUGGCAAGAAGCCAGCACCCCCACCGCCGGCCUCGCGCAAGAACAAGAACGAGGUUGCGCAGCACGACGUUCAGCAAGCGGAAGCAGAGUCGAAGAAGGCAGAUAACGACAUGGCUGAGAAGGCUAUCCGCGAACAGCAGGAGGCCCAAGAAGCCGAGACGAAGCGCAUGGAGGAUGAGGAACGCAGACAAGAGGACGAAUUGGCCAAGGAGCGAGAGUCUGCUUCAGCCAGACUUCGCGCCCUGGAAGAGCAAGUCCAGCAGGGCAAACUCAAGAAGGCCGAAGAGAAAAAGCGCAGAGCGGCUGCUUCCAAGGACGCCAAGGAGAAGGAGUCCCGACUGGCUGCUCAGCGUGCAGAGAUUGAAGCUGCGCGUGAACGCGAACGUCAACUACAGAUGCAGCUUGAGGCGCUCGACGAUGACGAGUCGUCGGAUGAUGACGGCCCGCAGAACAUCACGCCUCAAGACACCACCCCUACCGCCAGCCAGGAGUUGCCGCGUGACACUGCACCUCCUCAAGCGCCACCAAUGCCCCAGAUCUCGCACAACACACCACCCUCAUCUAUCGCCAGCCCGCCUACGUCCUCGGUGACUAGUCCUCACCCUGGCAUGGGCGACACUGAAACCAAGAACCCAUUCUUGAAGAAGAUGGCCAUGUCCAACCAGGAGAACAGCACAGUCUCCACACCUCCGCCGCCACCUAGCAACACGAGCGAGGUUUCCACGAACCCUUUCCACCGUCUGACACAAGAGAAUGCCAACAAGGCUGCCAUGCCUACGUUCAAUGAGCCCGCCGCACCUUCAGCGCGCAGGUUGGGAAGGCAGGACGACGAUGACUGGUCCGUUGUUGACUCAGAUGAUGAUUCGUCCGACGACGACGAAGCGCCUACUCAAGGUGGAGCCAAGCAGCUGGCCUCCAUGUUGUUCGGUACCAUGGCGCCACCGCGCCCUCUUUCUUCCAUGGACAACAAGAGCCCACGUGCGGAGAGCCCAGCUGUGACAUCGCCUCCAGCAGGCAUCCCACCACCUCCUCCGAUGCCCUCGAACGGUGCACCUCCGCCUCCACCUGGCCCACCACCACCUCCGGCUGGUGGAGCACCACCGCCACCCCCAAUGCCUAGCAUGAAGGCUCCAGGUGGAGCACCGAACCGUGGAGCUUUACUCGGUGAGAUCACUGCUGGUAAGGGAUUGAGGAAGGUGGAGACCAAGGACAGGAGCACAGCUUCUACUGCUGGUAGGGUUUUGGGUUGA